AUGACCAACGAAGGAAUGUGGGUGAUCGGGUAUGGCUCCCUCAUAUUCAAACCACCACCACACGUGCAAUUCAAAGUAACGGGCUACAUCAAGGGGUUCAUCCGUCGAUUCUGGCAAUCAUCGUCAGAUCAUCGAGGUACGCCACAGUCGCCUGGUAGAGUAGUCACCCUUGUCUCGUUACUGGACCUCCAAACACAUACAAGAUUUCACAAUGAUUUACAUAUGUAUGAACUAAAGGGACAUGCCUACGAGGCUGAGUGUGUUUCUAGUGGAGAACUGGAUCUUGAUCUGAUUGCUGACAUCAGCAAGAAAAUCAGUGAUUUGUCGCAAGAUGAUUUGCGAGUAUGGGGAGUAGCAUACUAUAUUGGUAGCGAACACGUAGCUGAAGUCAAGGAGUACUUGGAUAUCAGAGAACAAGAUGGGUAUUCUACUCACAAAGUACCAUUCCACAUUUUGAAUGUUGAAGGUGGUGAUAAAGAUAAGGACAUCAUAGACACAAUUCCAAAAGACCCACUCACUGGUGAUUUGUUUAUAGAAAGUAUGAUAUAUAUUGGAACGAUUGAAAAUGAAUCAUUUAUCGGUCCUGAAUCUAUCGAAAAGACGGCCAAGGUGAUCAAGACUAGCCACGGACCCAGUGGACCUAACAAGGAAUACCUCAUCAAUCUAACUGAAGCAGUCCGUCAUCUCGACCCCAAACUCCGCUCGCAUGAUUACUACUUGGAAGAUUUAGUCAAAUUAGUAAAUUAA